GAAACGACUAUUAAUUGUUAUUGUAGAUCACGAUUUAUCUUAAAUAUUUUUGUAGAUCGAAUGUCGUUUCAGAAAAAAAACUUAUUGAAUACCAUUUUUUAAAAUAUUUUAGCAAACAUUCAAAUUAGCGAUAUUAAUUAAAUACUUUUGUUUUCCAAAUAAUUCCGAUUAUUUUAAUUCAAAUCAUACAAAUUAGUUAGUUAAUCUGUUAAAAAAGUAGAUAAUUUAUACAAUUAUUGAAAUAUCAGUAUGCUUUCUAAACUCAGACUAAUAAAGCCACCGGUUCCGGCAAGUUACAGGCUUAUUACUGCCUGGGAAAGUAGUAUAAGGAAGUACAGUGACCAAAAAAACGGAGGUGGUAAAAGUAAUAAAUCUAAACCUUCACCUUUAAUACAGGUUGUUAAACCUAUUAAAAAAAAAUUAUCAAAAAAAGUGAAAAAUAAUUGUCUGCCUGCUGCAUUACCUAUAAAAGAAAUUAUAAAUACUGAAUGUAAAGAAAAACCGCUGAAAGCUUGUGUGACAACUAAUAAUACUCAAGGAUAUAGUACUAAUAAUAAGUAUCGUAACUUAUUGCUGCUCGGAGGAACACUUGUCCUUGCAGGUGGUUUAUAUAGUGUGUGGAGUUCUGAUUCAAAGAGAUCCAAUUUAGAUGAUAAAGAUUUAAAAAAGACCAUUGCUAAAAAAGAAAAUGUAUUUGGUUUAGAAAAAAAAUCGCGCAAAACAAUUCAAAUACCUCCAUCUUCAAAAUCGAUUCCUGACGAUGUACAAUACUUACUUAUUGGAGGCGGUACAGCUUCAUUUUCAGCAUUUAGAGCAAUCAAAUCUGCCGAUCCUACUGCUAGAGUUUUAGUAGUAUCUGCUGAAGGUUACCUUCCUUAUAUGAGACCACCCUUAUCAAAAGAGUUGUGGUAUAAUGAUGAUCCAGAAACAGCCAAAUCACUAAAUUUCCAUCAGUGGAAUGGUACUACUAGAAGUCUAUUUUAUGAACCUGAACCGUUUUAUACACCAGUGGAAGAAUUAAACACUGCUAAAAAUGGUGGUAUAUCUUUGGCUCGUGGCUGGGAAGUUAAAUCAAUUGACGCAUCGAAUAAAAUGGUUACACUUCAAGAUGGAAAACAAAUAAAAUAUCAGAAAUGUUUAAUUGCUACUGGUUCUGUUCCUAAAACACUUAAAAUAUAUGAUGACGCUCCACAAGAGGUUAAAAACAAAUUCUCAGUGUUCAGAUCUAUAGUUGAUUAUGAAGAUUUAUGGGAUGAUUUGACCCACGCAAAAUCUGUUGCCAUCAUUGGUGGCGGGUUCUUAGGCAGUGAACUUGCAGCAUCGUUGGCCACGAAAGGGAAAAAAAAUGGAGUUAAGGUAUAUCAAAUAUUUAAGGAAAAUGGAAAUAUGGCUAAAGUAUUACCAAAAUAUCUUAGCCAAUGGACAACUGAGAAAGUGAUGUUUGAGGGAGUGGAAGUUGUGUCUAAUACAGAAGUAGAGGCCUGCAAUUUAGAAUCUGAUGGAAAACAAGUGAAUUUAAUUCUAAAUAAUGGUAAAAAAAUAACAGUUGAUCAUGUAAUAAUGGCUGUGGGCGCUAAACCAAAUACUGAAUUAGCAGUUAAUGCUGGUUUAGAAAUUGAUCCUCAUCUGGGUGGUUACCUAGUAAAUUCAGAACUGAAAGCUAGAACAGAUUUAUACAUUGCAGGUGAUUGUGCUUCUUUCUAUGACAAACAGCUAGGAAGAAGACGCGUUGAACACCACGAUCAUGCUGUUAUCUCUGGUAGAUUGGCUGGAGAAAAUAUGGCUGGUGCUUCCAAGAUUUAUUCUCAUCAACCUAUGUUUUGGUCUGAUAUUGGACCUUCAGUAGGCUAUGAAGCAAUUGGAAUUAUCAAUUCUUCAUUGCCCACUGUAGGUGUAUUUGCAACACCCAAAGAUGUCGCAUCUCCUACUAGUGAAGUAGAACAGAAUGUCUCAUCUCCUAAAAAAGAAUCGGAACAUCAAAACACAGUAUUCAAUCCAACUGAUUAUAGCAAAGGAGUUGUAUUUUAUCUUCAAAAUGAUGUUGUCGUUGGCAUUGUUCUAUGGAAUUUGUUCAAUAGGAUGUCAACAGCACGACAGGUACUCGCAUCGGAUAGAUGUUACCGUGAUCUCAAUGAAGUUGCUAAACUAUUCAAUAUCCAUGGGGAGGCAUCAUCAUCAUCAUGACCUUAUUGAUGUUUUUGCAACAUAAUUAUUCUGUUAAACCUGUUAGUACUAAAACAGGACUCAUGAGUAUGAUUAACUUUCAUGUAUAGAAACAAUUCAUAAUAUAUUUUUGUACGGACUGAUAA